GGACGGGCGUUCAGCCGAAGCCCUCGUCGAUUCACGUGCGUCAAAGAGGAGUACAGCUAAAAAGGUCUCGUUUACCAACAAACAUCAAAAAAAAAAAAAAAAAAAAAAAAAACACAAAAAACUCAAACGCAAGUUGCAUGUCAAAUUUUUUAAAUGGCCGGAGCAAAAUCGAGCGUUUUUGGCCGCAACCAUCACAAAAAAAUAAAUACAUAAAAAAUCCCGUACGGACUGAAUAACAACUGCAAACUGUUAAAUCUUUAUAACGAUGUUAACUAUAUAACAACUGUUAAAUCUUGAUCAUUACUUUCUCAGCUGAACGCGUUGUUUUGACCGUCAGUAGGCAGAUGCAAGGCUGAGUGUUAUGGCGUAUAAACUCUGUGUGCUCUGUAUUUCCUUUACAGCGCAUAAUGAACGACUCGGUCACCGACACCUCCCUCUCACCGGCUCUGCUUUACUUCAACACCACCAUCCUGAAUGUCACCUCGUAUCAAACCCACAGCCUUGUGACCCUCACUAAUGCCACGACGUCAACUACAUCGGCUGUCACUCAGCCCCGCCCACAGACGAACGCCACUUUCACUACUCUCGCAACUCUCACGACUUUAACCACGACUCCCGCAGGAACGGCGGCGUCCAUUAACGUGCCCUACAUGGUGGCGGAGCUGGUCAUCGCCUUCCUGUCCACUGUGGGCAACCUGCUGGUGUGCGCCGCUGUGGGGUUUAAUCGGAAGCUGCACACGGUCACUAAUUACUUCCUGGUGUCGUUGGCGGUGGCAGACGUGUGCGUGGGGGCGCUGGCUAUCCCCUGCGCCAUCAUGACCGAUCUGGGCAUCCCGCGCCACAACCUGUACUUGUGCGUGUUCAUGCUGUCGGUGCUCAUCAUGCUGACUCAGAGCUCCAUCUUCAGCUUGCUAGCGGUGGCGGUCGAGCGCUACGUGGCCAUCUUCAUGCCCUUUCGCUACCACAGCACCAUGACGCCACGUAACGCGCUGCUCAUCAUCCUGAUCACGUGGGUGCUGGCUUUCCUCAUCGGCCUGGUCCCGCUCAUGGGCUGGCACAAGACUCCGCCCGGGGACGAAUUCUGCUUCUUCGUCAACGUGGUGGAGAUGACCUACAUGGUGUACUUCAACUUCUUCGCGUGCGUGCUGACGCCGCUCGUCGUCAUGUUCCUGAUCUACGCGCAGAUCUUCCUCACGGUCAAGCAGCAGAUGCGCAGGAUCGCGGCGGAUCGCGGAGGCCAGGGCAACAGCGACGGAGCCACCAACAUCAAGAAGGAGAUGAAGACGGCCACGUCGCUCUUCCUCGUGCUCUUCCUCUUCACCGUCUGCUGGAUCCCGCUGCACAUCAUCAACUGCUUCCUGCUGCUGUGCCCUCAAUGCUACGUGCCCCUGCCCCUCCUCCUCACCGCCAUCAUCCUGUCUCACGCCAACUCGGCCGUCAACCCUUUCCUCUACGCCUACAAGAUGAAGUCGUUCAGGGAAGCCUUUAAAGGCAUUUUCCUGUGCUGCAGGGGAGGCGGCAGCGAAAGACAGGAUCACCAUGACGACGGACGCAUCGCGACCGUACACAAAUCCUGA